CAUAACCAAAUGUACUAAACCAAGUGGAUCUCAAACUGAGAAAAGAUAGCUAGGGGAGACACUUUCAAACAACCUAGCUCGAAAGGAAAUGGCAAUGCAAGAAGAAGAAGAAGAAGAAUCUAUCCAUGAGUACCCACCCGGCUUUCGGUUUUACCCGACAGAGGAGGAGCUCCUUUCCUUCUAUCUCCCUCACCAGCUUCAAACUCAGCUCCCCGAAAAGCACCGCGUUAUCCCCCUCCUCAACAUUUACGACUUCGACCCAUGGGACCUCCCCAAGUUUGCCGGGGAGCUGUGCAAAGGGGACAACGAGCAAUGGUUCUUCUUUGUUCCUCGCCAAGAAAGAGAAGCGCGGGGAGGCCGUCCAAGCAGAACCACCGCCGCCGGCUACUGGAAAGCCACCGGCUCUCCUGUCUAUGUCUACUCCUCCGCCAGCAAAGUCAUCGGACUCAAAAAGACAAUGGUCUUUUACAAAGGCAGAGCCCCCACCGGUACCAAAACCAAAUGGAAGAUGCACGAGUACAGAGCAAUCGACGAUUCCGCCAAGUUGAGGCACGAAUUCAGUCUCUGCCGAGUUUAUGUGAUUUCCGGAUGCUUUCGGGCCUUCGACCGUCGGCCGAUGGAAGUCAUCGCCGCCGCUCGGAAGAAUGCCGAUCCGAAAAUGAAGGGGAAAGUUACGUCUCCGGAGAUUUCGUGUUCGGCGGCGGCGAUGGUGCACUGUGACGGAAGUGGCAGUAAUUGGAGGAUGGAUGAAGAUGAGAAAUUCGAAGAAUCCAUUUGGGAAUGGGAGAAAAUGGAUUGGCCCUAGAAAUGGAUUUCUCCAAGCCUAUUCAAAAAAAAAAAAAAGAAAAAAGAAAAAUUAAGAAAUUAUUGGUAUAAUUAGAGGGGAAUUGUUAUUAAGAAAUUAUUGGUAUUAAUUAGAGGUGAAUUGUUAUAAAUGGCGCAACAAAACAACCAAAACUACUCCUAGAGUAUAACAAAAUAUUUAAAUAGGAAAUUGAGAUAAAUUUUGUUAUAUUUACUAAAUAGUUUUAGUAUUUUACGAAUAUCUCCUUAGUUAGAAACUAUUCAAUUAAUUUUAGUCCCAAGUUUAUAUGUAGGUAUUCUUUUUUAUUUUUUUUACAAUACUAAACGUCAUGUAUUUUUUUUACAUAAAUGUAUUAGCCAAAUAUGGAGAAAUUAUAAUAAAUGGCAAAACUUUUGAAAAUAUAUGUAUAAUAGAGCAAGUUUUCAUAUUC